AGUCUUUAAAGGGUUAACAGGAGGAGGCGAGGCAGCGGUCAGCUCGUUUGGGUGGAGUGAACUUUAGAUAUGUACUACAAUAAAUUAGCCAACAGGACUCAGCAUUAUGGAGUGAAAAAACCCCAAGAAUAAAGAGGAAACCACUCCAUUUAAAACAGAAACUCAUCCGCUACAGAGAUAAGUAAAGAUGAGUGGAGUGAGUGAAGAGUCGCUGCUGGAUUAUUUCUACUCCACCGGAGGCAUCUCAGGCAGGGUGAAAAAUGCAGAUAUUCUGAAGACAUUUAAGCCCUUUAUUGGCCACAGUGACGUGCAGCUGCGAGCGAAAUACAGAGAAGAAUUCAAGCUCAUCAUCGACCGAAUCGCUGCGGUGAAGUCAGAGAAUGGUGAGAAGUAUCUUGUCCUAAAGAAGAAGUACAGGCAGAUGCUGCAGGAUCGAGACGCCAGACUUCACGGGACGGACAGAGACGAUCAGAGAGGUUCGAGUCCGGCCCGCGCUCCGGCUGCUGCUCAGUGGGACGCCUCGGACCCCUCCACUUCUUCUCAUCAACAGAAGGACCAGCAGGACGAGCCCAUGCUGUGUGGAGAGCAGGACGAGGCUGCAGAGCAGACAGGAACAGCCUCCAUGCAGCACGCUGUUCUGCAACUUCCUGUUAUCCAAAUCCAGGAACCCUCCAACGAGGACGAUGAGCUGGACAAAGAUUCGGGGUCAAAGUCCGAGUCAGAGCAGGACGAGGAGAGUACGGGCAGUAUGGGAUCGGCUGCUGUCGCUCUGGAUCCCAUAGAGAAGGAGUGGAUCUACUCGGCUGCAGGUGCUCGAGUGCCUGACCUCUCUCAGCUGCUCAGACAGGACCCCUCGCUGGCAAACAAGAAGGACUUCACCUCUGGGACGGCUCUGCAUUGGGCCGCCAAACAUGGCAACCAGGACAUGGCCGCUCUGGUGGCUAACGCAGGCGCUGACGUCAACACCAAAUCACAUGGGGGAUACACACCUUUACACAUUGCAGCGUUACACGGUCAUCGGCACAUCCUAGACCUUCUCAUCGUGACGUACGGGGCCAAAGAAAACUUAAGGGACUACAGCGGCCAUCUUGCCGGCCAUUAUCUGAACAUCAAAGAACCCGAGGGUCCGGAGGAAGAGUGCGAGCUGCAGUUUCAAGUCACUCAGGCCAGGGAACGGAACAGGAACAGGAAGUUGGCGUCGUUAUUUCAGUCCAAGAAGAGGUGGGGCUCAGCGGAGGAGCUGGCUCCGAUCGAGGAGGAGAGGACGGCGUCUCACCAGCUCGUCCUGCCUGCCUUCAGACCCCGGAAGUUCUCACGCUGAGAGGAAGAUAACCCAGGGACCAUUUCUGCUCGCUCUCCUACGCUCACAGUCACCUGAUACCUACAUGCAUAUAUGAGAUAUCGCAAACUUAUUUUUCCGUUGUUUAAUUCUGUAUAUAUAAUAUUCCACAAAGUCUGGAGAUGCCAAAACAUCCCCCUUUUAAGUGCCAUUCAAAGUUACUUCUUUUUCCGGGGCAGCAGUUACAAAUCCAACUCGUAGCAACAGAUCAGAUCCAUUUUGAUGGCACAGAAUACACAGUUAUUCUCAGAAAAUGUUCACAAGAGAACUUACAAAUGUUCUUAUUCCACAGUUACACACAUAUUGUAAACCUACUUGUAUAUACUCGUGUGAAUAUGUGUCUUUUGUUAUGUACACACGCACCGACAAACAGUUCAUAAAGUUACAGACUCUUAUCAUUGAAGAGGAGAUGUUCCAGGGGAUGCUUUGCUUAUAUGUGUAUUUGAAAUAUUUAUGCCUACCUUAAAAGUAUUUCUUGAAGCCUUUACAUUUGAGGGAAUGUUGCUUAAUGUUACUUAUGCCUUAACAUUUCAAAUGAGCUCAGGCCAUGUUCAUCGCUUUCGCUCGUCGCUUGACAAGUAGACAACAAGUAGAGCCAAAGAUACUGGCUGUUUCUCAAUGUCGAGUAUACCUGCUGCAGAGCCACUAUUUCAAGUAUACUACGUCAUCGAGUGGCGCUGAAGGACUGUUUAAAUGCCCAGCAUUCGGCGCCACUCGAUGACGUAGUAUACUUGAAAUAGUGGGUACAGCAGGUAUACUCCACAUUGAGAAACGGCCCCUGACUCACUUUCACUCUGAGAGGAAUUAAAGGGACAGGUGUCCUAUAUUCAAAUAAACCUUUGAAUAGGAGCACACUGGUGGUUUGUCUGUUUGGCUUACUACGUUGUUAUGUUCUCGACCCUAUGCUGAACAUCCAGAACUAUCUACAAGGUGCCAGAGUGAUUUACAGUUAUUGAUUUAGACUCACAGCAGUAUGGUAUUCAAAUCAACUGGCUGAAACACUAUAAGCCAUUUAUAUUUAUUGAACUACUUUUUCCUACAAUUAAUUUGCAAGGAAAGGUUCUAAUAAAAUAUGAAUCUUUUGUAAGGUAAAAUCCUGCCUUACUCUUUAAAGGAAAGUCAAUGCCAACAGUAAGAAAAAUAAAGUACAUACUCCGUUUUUUCACCUGUAGUCCUCCCUAAUCAUUUCAGCACACUCCCUAAUGUCAAUACAACAUCUGUACUGAAGCCAGACGCUUCUUGGAAGGAAGCACGAGUCUCAAAGGUUACAGUUUGCUUUGCAGAAUGUUUGGCACUAGUGUUUAAAUGUGGAGUAAAUGUGGAGUAGUUAGUGGGCUUAAACAUACAGAACCAUCAGUGUGUUUCUUUAAAUCAGAGACCUCCCAGAUUACCAGGAAGAGGACAUGUUUGUCUAUUUUCCAUCACUAUGGCUAACGCUAACACAGACUGCAGUUGUGAUUUGUUGUCAGCUACCUUCUGUCUGUUCUUCAGUGUGAAGCUGUGUGUUUGUCGUGAAGCAGGAAGCAUGUCGCCGCUUGCCAUUUGUUGUCGUCGUUCAAGAGGUUUUCCCCUGAUAAGAGUGUUUUGCCUGUUGCAGUUUGAGCAGAUAAUCUGAUUGAUAAUCUGAUAAACUCUUUUGUCAGAGAGGUGAUUGUCACAGGACUGUUCUUUAUUGAUGUCCCCCCCCCCCUCCUCCUCCUCCUGCAUUUAAAGUGCUGCAUUAACUUUUGCUACGGAAAUCAGUGUGUUCUGAAUUCUUCUGCUCAUUGGUUUUAAAGGGCUUUUGCAUUUCCACACGUUUUCAUCGGUUGUAAAAAAACAGGUAUUUGUUUAUAAUUUGGUGCCAUAAUUGUAAAAUCUAAACUGCCUCCAUUACAUCUUUUGCACAAUAUUUAUAUGAUGAAGUUAUUUUGAAAUAAACAGUAUUUUAUA